AUGGUGCUCUGGGGUCUGCUGCUGGGAGUUCUGCUAGCAGCUGUCAUUGGAUACCUGUGCCUGCCAGGGCUGUUCCGACAACGCAAGCCCCAGGAACCACCUCUGGACAAGGGCCCUGUGCCCUGGCUGGGCCAUGCCAUGACUUUCCGGAAAAAUAUGUUUGAAUUCUUGAAAGGCAUGUGGGCCAAGCAUGGGGAUGUGUUCACUGUGCAGCUAGGUGGUGAGUACUUCACCUUUGUCAUGGACCCUUUAUCCUUCGGUCCCAUCCUCAAGGAUGCACAGAGAAAACUGGACUUUGUGGAGUAUGCAAAAGAACUAGUGCUAAAGGUAUUUGGAUACCAAUCAGUACAUGGGGACCACCAGAUGAUACAUUCAGCCAGCACUAAGUACCUCAUGGGGGUUGGCUUGGAGGAUCUCAACAAAGCCAUGCUGGACAGCCUGUCCUUGGUAAUGCUGGGGUUGAAUGGAUGUAGUCCAGAUGCCAGUUGCUGGUGUGAGGAUGGCCUCUUUCACUUCUGCUACAACACCGUGUUCAAAGCUGGCUACUUGAGCUUGUUUGGCCAUACUGAGGACAAGGAACAGGACCUGCUACAGGCAGAGCAGCUAUUUGUGGAAUUUUCCAAGUUUGACCUCCUGUUUCCUAGGUUUGUCUACUCCCUCCUAGGGCCCCGGGAGUGGCUAGAAGUGGGCCGGCUCCAGCGUUUCUUCCACAAUGUGCUCUCUGUGAAAGACAACCUGAAGAAGGAUGGCCUAAGCAAUUGGCUAUACCAUAUGCUUCAGUUUCUCAGGGAGAAGGAAGUAGCCCCGGCCAUGCAGGACAAGUUCAACUUCAUGAUGCUCUGGGCCUCCCAGGGGAACACUGGGCCUACCUCUUUCUGGGCCCUCUUGUUCCUCCUGAAGCACCCAGAAGCCAUGCAGGCUGUGAAGAAGGAAGCCACCAAGGUCGUGGGUAAGACCAGGCUGGAGGCUAGGCGGUCCUUCAGCUGUGACCUCAGCAUUCUGAAAUGCACCCCAGUGCUGGACAGUGUGAUGGAGGAGUCGCUUCGCCUGAGGGCUUCACCCACUCUCCUCAGGGUGGUACAGGGGGACUAUAGCCUGAAGAUGGCCAAUGGGCAGGAGUACCAGCUCCGCCAUGGAGACAAAGUGGCCCUCUUCCCCUACCUCUCAGUGCACAUGGACCCUGACAUCCACCCUGAGCCCACUGCCUUCAAGUACGAUCGCUUCCUCAACCCAGAUGGCAGCCGAAAAGUGGACUUCUACAAGGGAGGAAAGAAGAUUCACCACUACAACAUGCCUUGGGGCUCAGGUGUCUCCAUCUGCCCUGGGAGGUUCUUCGCCCUUAGUGAAAUGAAGAUCUUCAUCCUGCUUAUGGUCUCAUACUUUGAUCUGGAGCUGGUAGACCCUGACACACUUGUGCCACCUGUGAAUCCCUGGCGCUGGGGUUUUGGCACCACACAACCCACCCAUGAUGUGCGCUUCCGCUACCGCCUACGUCCUGCUGAGUGA